AGAUAUGUUGUUUUUUUGUAGUAAAUAACCGGUGAUAAGUGUAAUGUUUAUUAGCAUAUUUUCAUUUAGGGUUGUGGAAACUAUUUAUUGUGUUAUAUUUAUUUAAAUAUAUGAUCAACCUUUCACCGAAUUUUAUAGAUCUUAACAGAUUAUGUUUACAAUAUAGAUAGCGGUUUUGAUUAUCACGUCGUAUGAUCAAACAUCCGAUAGUGAAAUACUCAACAACGUUGUAUGUAAACUUUAUAGGCGACUGAGGAAGUUUACAAAGUGAAAUUUUGAGUGUGUCAUAUCAUACAUUGCUCGUCAGACUUUGGUUGAAAUGAACUUUACAUUUACACAGUCAGUUAUGGCGGUAUCUUUAGCAACGAUUUUAACAGUUCUCGCGUCGGCGGGGUUUCUGUACACGAGGUCAGAGGCCAGUCCUAGUGUAUCAAGACAGGUCAUCGACAUUAAUACAAAAGUAAAAGAACAAAGGGUGGACGACGUUACCGAGUUUUACAGACAAACGGAACUUGCUAGCUUCGCUCGAAAACAUCAGAAUGAACUGAGGGCAGCUAGGAAAGACAGAAAAAGAGAGUGUGGAUCUAUAGUGAGUGUUAGUGCGAUAGAUUGUGAUAUAUGUGUACUGUUCGUUAACGAACUUAGCUCUCUGGUGGAUAAAGGAAAAACGCAGGAGGAUGUGGUGGAAUUCUCGACUAAGGCGUGCAUAGAUCUGAAGAUAGAAGAUGAACGGGUCUGUCAAGCUGUGGUACAAGAAUUUAAGGCUGAACUAUUUGGAGUGGUGUUGCGGCUGGCCUAUACCCCGAAGGAAGUAUGCAGUUACAUACUGAGCGCUGACUGUGGAGCACCAUACAACCCGUAUGCAAUGUGGAAUGUUACACUACCUGAUGUUCCUAAACCACCAGUAGUCCCUCCGGUGUUACCGAAGCCUGGUUCUCCAACGAUGCGUAUUUUACAUCUCACAGACUUUCACAUGGAUCGUGAUUAUAAGGAAGGAACAAACGCUGUAUGCGGAGAACCUCUGUGCUGUAGAGCAAACGACGGGCCGCCAUCUGUGGGCGUAGCUGGAGCUGGUAAAUAUGGAGACUACAGAAAUUGUGACAGUGCUCCUGUGAUGGUUGACAGUUUGUUCCAGUACCUACAGUCCAUACAAGACGAAUUUGAUUAUGUCAUUUUCACUGGAGAUAUCCCGGCUCACAAUGUCUGGAACCAGUCAAGAUCGGACCAAACUUCCGCUUUGGACGUGUUCACAAAAUACAUGAAAACCUACCUUCCAGACAAACUUGUGUUCAACGCCCUGGGUAACCACGAAAGUGCACCUGUAGAUAGUUUUCCUCCACCGUAUGUAACUGGUAACAAUAGUGAAACAUGGCUUUAUAAUGCUGCAGCAAAGAGCUGGUUAAACUGGCUUCCCUCACAGACAGAAACAACCAUUAAAAAGGCUGGUUAUUAUUCAACGAAACCCUUUCUUGGCCUGCGAAUUAUCUCCCUCAAUAUGAACAUGUGUAACCAUGGAAACUGGUGGUUAUAUAUCAACAACACGGACCCAGCCGGAAUGUUGCAGUGGUUCAUUUCCGAGCUUCAAGACGCAGAAAACGCGGGCGACAAGGUUCAUGUAAUUGGUCAUAUAUACCCCGGAUGUAGCUGCUGCCUGAAGCCAUGGAGUUGGAAUUACUACAAAAUAAUGAACAGGUAUGAAAACACAAUAGCCGAGCAGUUCUUCGGACACACCCAUGCGAUGACUUACGAAAUGUUUUAUGAUGAAAAGACGUCAGAGCGCCCUCUAGGUGUUGCCUACAUGCCUGGAAGUAUAACUACGUACUCGAACUUAAACCCAGGGUUCAGAAUCUACGAAAUUGAUGGUAACUACGCUGGCUCCUCAUGGAGAGUACAGGAUUAUACAAACUACUUUUUAAAUAUUACUCGUGCAAACAUUUAUGGAGAGGUCGUCUGGCAAAAGGAAUACAGUGCUAAAGAUGCGUAUAAAAUGACGUCAUUAUUUCCAAAAGACUGGAGUGAUCUUAUAUACAGAAUGAAAGCAGACGACACUUUAUUCCAGACAUUUUGCAGACACAGUUCUAAAUCAGCACCGAACACGUGCAGCACGUGCACUGGAGACUGCAAGAAGAGUUUUCUAUGUGGUCUGAAAUCUGGACGUAACGGCGACCCUGACAUUUGUAAAGAUUUAUAGAAACAUAUCAUGUGAUAUAUCUAAAUAUAAAAGUGAUAUGUAGUGCAAUACUUCCCAUAUAUAGAUUCUAUUUACAAAUUAUACGAAUAAUUCAUUAGCUAAUUAGUCAUGAUUUGAAAUUUAGUCAGCAAUUUAGUGUGUCGUGUCUUUGUUAAACAUUGAAAAUGCUUGACAGUGAUGAUGUCAUUACAAUGUGAAUUGCGUAAUACAAGCACUGCUUUACCAUUUGUAAAAGUAGUGCGGUUGGUGGUACGAAGUUCUGCUGAAUGUUCAGCGCGUUGCGGACAACACACCGUCUGGUUCGAACUGUUUUACUAGUUACAACCAAGAAAUCACGGGUUACAGAAAUAUAUAUUAGUAGAUAUUAAUUUGAUGUAUCGUUUUUAGUAUGCACGUGUCAUGGGUUGCUUUGGCAGGACCGUAUCGGCGAGAUUUGUCUGUACGUGACGAUAUAAAUUUGUAUUAUAUAGUCAGAGGGUGCUAAAUGUGCGACAGAAGAGCUGUAAAAUUAAUAAACAAAAUAUCAUAGAUAUGUAAUUAAUUAUUAUAAUGCAAGAAAUUGUUCAAGUGUGCAUGUACUAUUCCUGGUAGCGAUGGCGACUGCAUGGAUGGAUCUAUCGUGUAGUUCUAUAUCGCUGAUGUUUAAGCGUUAGAAUGUAAGUGAAUUUUAGUUGGAGGACAAUGCAAGUUACAUAAGACGCCUCCAAUUCUUUAAAGCUCCCAUACACGGGGUUCUUAUCAAAAUAUUAGUUAAUUUAGUUGCAGGAGCGAGGGAUCGAAAUCACGGUCCUUGGUUUUGUACACAGACAGUGCGUAUCACUUGGAGAAAACAAAAUUAAAAUUUUGAUUUAACGCUUAGCUUUACAUUUUGGGGAAAAAAAUAAACAACACCAAAGCAUGGAAAGAAAGGGUUGUUUCACAUGAAAAUUGAACAGCUUAUAAAACAUGGGUAUUACCCUACAAAAAUUGUCGAUAUACUGAUAUAUACAUUGAAUUCCGGAAAAGGAUUGCAUAAAGCGUUCAAACUUUCUGACAGUUCAAUGCCUUAAAAAACUCACCAUUUUCAAAGAAUUCUUACAUGUCUUCGUUUUGAUGCAUACAUUUGCAAUAAUGUUCCAGUGAUGAAACUUUCUAAACCUAGGUGGAACUUUGUUUUCAGUAAUUGUUUACUUUUAUUUCUUUACAAAUGACAUUCAUUUUUAAAGGGGUUAAGUAUCCAUAGUACGGGAAAGAAGGGCAGAGCAUGUAAUGGGCAGGUAGAUUGUUGGUAAAGAUGUUGUUCGUUUAUCAAAUAUUUCUGUGUCUUGAUGAUAUACUCAUAAACCUUAAACUUACAGGUACAUUUAGUGUUUGUACGUUUUUUGUACCUGUAAGUAUAAAACUGUAGCCCCUCCAGGUACAUUUUUAUUACUACUCUGUGUUUUUCUUUAAUUUUGACACAACUGGAAAGUCAUAGUUACCACUGGACCACUAUGCUUCUGCUUUGAUGUGUUGAGAUUUAUUAAUCUAAUAUUAGUUAACAUAUAUAGAGUCACACAAUGGAAUAAUGCAUCUAUAGGACGAUAUAGGAGAUAGGGCCAAUAGCCUUAAAUAUAAUAUUCGACCCUACGGCUUCAUUAUGCUUAUCAGUAUUGUCAUCACAUGAAUAUUACAUGCCUUAAUUUGAAAACCUAAACUUGAAAUGAAACAACGCAGCCGAGUUUUAAUUUCUGACUCAGGAAUAUAUUACAUACAUCCCGGAAGCGUACAGUAGUAGUAGUUUUAUAUAUUAUUAUUUAUAUCUUGUUUUACAUGUUCUGUUGUAGUGUUCACGAUAUAUAGUAUAUUUGUGCACGUAUAUGUCGAAAGUUCUUCAUAACUGAGUUAGCUGUUCUGAAAACUUGAUAUCUAGAUCCAAGUCAUUCCGAUUUUUUUUUCUCAAUGAAAUUCUAAAAUUCACAAGGGUAGUUACAGAACAACAUGUUCACUUGUGAUAAAUAUAAUUAUCAACAUUUUGUUAAGCAGGAGUUCGGUCGAAUUUUUUCUUUCUUGUUUUCUUUUGUUGUUGUUGUUGUUGUUGUUGUUUUUGCUUAGUUUAGAGUCACACCGACACAAUUCAUAUGCAAGUACUAAGACUUUUCCACCUUUUCUUGCUUAAGACCCCAGGUGCCCGGGUAUAAUUUCAGGCACGAUCGGGCAGUGGGGUAGAAUCACAGACAUUCUGCUUCCAGUGGAUGGCUUCCUCGCAUGAAAGAAUUCUACAACCCCAAGCGAGGUUUCAACCCCACUACGGUGAGGGGCAAGUGACUUGAAGUCAGUGACCUCAACUACACUGCCACACAGACCCGUGUUUUCAUUUGUACGCUGUGUUAUGAUCAUUGAAUACUACUUAUCACGGUAUCGACGAAUUAAGAACAAAUAGUCCAUGACGUGGCCGUCGACGUCACUUUUCAUCGUUGACAAUUUCUGACGUUAUUAAAAGCUUCUCCGAAUAAGCUUAACCUGGAAUGUUCGAAAUCCUCGAAUUAUUUCAUAUGACGAAAAUCGAAAAGGUUACCUUUCAGUAUAAUUGGCCUCUAGUUAAGAAAUAACAAGUUCCCAAACGUGGUUUAUCGUAGAAUAACCCGUGUUUUGAGUUCUUACGCGUAAGAAUAUAUUACGAAGGCCGUAGGCCUGAGUGAUUUUUUGUCUCGCAUAAGAACGAAAAACUCCGGUUAUUCUACGAUAAAUCACACUUGGGAACUUUUUAUUUCGAUUCUAACACGACAUACUAGUAUCAACAGUGUUAGAAAAAAUGGUAACUACUUUUUACGACCGAGCUACGCACCUGGAUCGGAUGACAUCAUUGCACGCGCGUGGGUUAUUGCAGAAUAGAUAGAUUUUGCUCUACAUGUAUGUAGGUUAUUUGCUGGUCGUGUUAGAAUAAUUGAUAUAUCUGAUUUUUCGUCAUUAUUUUGAUUAAUGAUCGUUCUAUUAUUUUACUGAUUACUCGACGCGGAAGUUUUGAUUCUGUGUAUUUUGUGUAUCAUACUUGCUGAAUCAGUCCGGUUUACGUUUUUGACUAUGACUGUCUUUGUAUUUAUCUUUGUCUCUAUACUUAUGUAUUUAUAUUGUUCUAUAUUAUCUACUAAUUAUUUAAGACCGAUUUCACUUUACAAAUGACUCUGUCAUUGUUUAAAUGCUCUCUAUAAUAUAGAACAAAACACGUAAUUCCUUGAAGUAUUUAUAAUGUAUUAACAUGACUGAUCGAAUAAACAGUUACUUUCAAA